CCCCCUUCUUCCUCAACUUUUAUUGGAUGCUUCUCAGCUAAACAGGAAGUGUUAGUGAAGUGAAGAGAAGGGAGCACCUCAGAAUCAUGGAUUUCAAGGGUUUCCUAAACGACUUGCAGGAUUGGGAACUUUCUCGAAAACACGAAGAAGCUCCACACACGAACAAAAACCCUCAAAAGGAAAAUGUUGGAUUCAGCUUCUCAAAAUACUGGAUUGGGGUCCUCAAGGCGCGAUACUCUUUCUUUUGAUAAUGCAAGAAGUAACUCUCGACUGUAUAAUGAUCCAUUUAGCCGUGUGACUAGUAGUUUUGUUUCCGAAGAUAUCCCUGACGCCGUGUCCGAGAAAGAUCUGGGUAAUGAGUAUUUCAAGCAGAAAAAAUAUAAGGAAGCUAUAGACUGCUAUUCAAGAAGCAUUGCCUUCUCGCCUACAGCCGUAGCAUAUGCAAAUAGAGCAAUGGCCUAUAUCAAGCUCAGAAGAUUCCAAGAGGCUGAGGAUGACUGUACAGAGGCCUUAAAUCUCGAUGAUCGUUACAUAAAAGCAUACUCACGCCGAGCAACAUCUAGAAAAGAACUCGCGAAAUUUAAAGAAUCCAUGGAGGAUGCGGAGUUUGCCUUAAGGUUGGAACCUAACAAUCAAGAAAUUAAGAAACAGCAUGCUGAUGCCAAGUCUUUGUACGACAAAGCAAUGCUUGAUAAAGUAUCUGGAGCUCUGAAAAGCACUGUAAAGGGCACUCAAAAAGAAGUGAAGUUGGACACAAAAAAGAAUGGAGGCAGCAUCCAUCCCAUUUCACAUAUUACUCAAAAGUCCGGGCCAGCUAAGGGUAAUGAGCAGCAAAUUCCAGCUAAAGAGUCAUACAUAAUGGAGGAGGUAGAUAGUAAUAAAAUCAGAAGCAGGGCUCAAAGACAAGAGGCAGAUGGUUCUAGUUCAAGCAACAAUGUCCAGCAUGUUAAGAGAAAUCAGAAAGGUAGUAAGCAGCACGUGCAAACAUCUAUUCAACAACUUGCUUCUCGUGCAGCUUCUCUAGCUACGGCUGAAGCUGCAAAGAACAUAACACCACCAACUACAGCUUAUCAGUUUGAGGUCUCCUGGAGAGGGUUUUCAGGUGAUCGUUCUUUGCAGACUUGCCUGUUAAAGGCCAUAUCUCCUCAUGAAUUACCAAAAAUAUUCAAAAAUGCCCUCUCUACUGCCUUGCUGAUUGACAUCAUCAAGUGUGUGGCAUCUUUUUUCAAUGAACAAAUGGAUCUAGCUGUCAGUUAUAUGGAGCAUUUGACCAAGGUACCAAGAUUUGACAUGAUUGUGAUGUGCCUUCCAUCAACAGAUAAAGAUGACUUACGCAAGAUCUGGGACGAAGUGUUCUGUGGCGAGGCAACGCCAAUGGAGUUUACGGAGAUUCUGGACAACCUGCGAUCGAAAUACUGCCUUGGGCAGUAGUGACAUGACAUCUUUGCAAGUUUUAUAUUUAAAUGCUUGUCCUUGAUGAAUGUUCCCUUCUCUGCAGCCACUUCACUCGUGUAAAUUACAAUCGUAUCGAAAUUUUGAGCAUUAUUUUCCCUCAUGUUGACCCAUUACUUGGAGAAAAAAGAAACAAGGAAAAUUCAUGCUUUAAGUUCCUUUAGAAGAGGGCGUAACAUGUUUUGAACCUUUUCUUUUUGACUCUUUUGGUUGCUAGUUCUUACGUACAAACUUAGCUUACAUGUUCAUAUUGUGCUAGCUUUAUUAAUUCAAUUUUAAUUUAAAAAAUU